GCGAAGUUGCGGGCGGACUGAUGGAAUGCUCCCUUCUUCACCUGUGGAUCCGCUACUGUAUUCCUCUAAUGGGAAGAAGAUUCUUCUCACAUUCCGUCCUGCGACACCAGGGCAUGUGAUUCUGGUGUAUGGCAUUAUUUUACCUGUCCUCCGCCGGGAAGUUUAUCGAGAAGUUUCAGGAGGUGAAAGAAGCAACUCGGCAAGCAGCCCAGCAGAAAGCCCAACAGCAGACGAACGGUAGCGCUUCCACGCCCGUUACGUCGGCUAGCGCGUCCCCUUGCAGCAGCCGCAGCGUCCCAACUCCACCUGUCCCGUCCCAGACGCCGACUUCUGAGAGUGGUGGUGCCGAGGACUGCGUCCCUAUAUCCGCCAAUCAGCUAGAUCACGUUGUGAGCAGUCUCCCAUCAAAUGUCAACGACAUUGCCAAUACACUCAAAUCAUCUCUCGUCGCACAUCAAAGAAGCCAAAGCUUGUCCGGUCUUCAAGCCAGCAAG